AUGCAUUUGGCACCAUUGUCAGCACCUCUGUCUGAUAUCCCACCUCCUGCAGCAAAAGUUGUUACUGUUCCAUCAGAUGUAUCAGCCCCAAUAACGGAAGCCUCUUCCUCGUCCAUAGUUCAAACAGUGCUUACUCAAUUGAAGGAUGAUGCUGGAGGUCAGGUAUCAAGCGCAGGGGAUGACGUCUUGAACAAAAACUCCACUCUCAUCCCAAAAAAGGGUGGUCGUGGUGGGAAGGACAGUACUGUUGUGCCACCUGAGGGAAGAACACGUUAUAGCAAGCGGGAUCGACAUAGUCCUGACUUCUAUACGCCAGGUGAAGGUCCCACUAAGCAAGAAAACAAACGUGUAUGUCGUGUUCCGAAGGAAAAGGUGAACGAGAAGGAGAAGAAGAAAGAGAAGGAGAAGAUUAAGAAGAUUGCAAAUAUGAAGGAAAAGGAGAAGGAGAAGGAGGUGGUUCCUGCCGUUGCUGUCCCAACUUUCCCAAUUACAGAGUCCACUCCUCUCAUUGGGGGUUUUACCCCAUUUCUCCCUCCAAAUCCUGUUAAGCGCGAUGCAUUCCUUCAGGCUGUCAAGGAUUCCAAGAGUCAAGAAGCUGACCUAGUUCCUGCUUUCGACCUUCAGACGUUAAUGCCAAUUUUUGACUGCAGCCGUGUUCCUUCUGAAAAGUCCUUACUCAAAUUUUAGCAAGUGUGUGCAUGUUGCAAGUGUGAAGUAACCUUCUAAUGUAAAAUUUAUUUUGUACUGUGAUAGGCAAUCGAUCGUGUGGUCGCAUUCAUUCGUAAGCGUAGGGAUGGUCUGCCCCCGACUAGAUUUGACUUCCUCGACUCAUCAUUUGUUUCUACCAUCCUCAGUGACUACCUCGAUUUCAAUGCUUGUUCAGCCAAGGAUGCUUUUGCAUUCUCCCCAACUUUGAGGACAGCGUUUUUAUACCGUCCCCAGUGGUUCACGCAAGUUGAUUUUCUCUACAUACCGGUUCUAGUGAAGAAAAGCCAUUGGGUGGGCGUCAUUGUUGAUUUGCCUAUGUGGGCGAUGUAUGUUGUCCAAGGCAACACCGGUUGUCCUUCUGAGUUCGACAUAAGUUCAGUGAUAACACCUGCCUCUAUUCUCUUGCCACACCUGAUAGGGCGCUUCUGUAUGACUAACCAUGCUCAGAAACGCAAUUUCGAGCCCAUGACCGUCUCGAGGUUGGAUAUGCCUUCUCUUGUGGAGCAUCCAGGUUGUUCGGCGGUGGUGGCGCUUAUGUUGUUAGAGUUGCACGCUGUUGGCAAAGAUCUUAAUAUUGUGCAAUUCACUGAAGCGCUCGCUCGCACAGCUGCAAUGAACUACGCCAUCGAAGCAUUUCACCUAACUCCUUCCAUUUCAAUUCUUCCUCCUCCUUAGCCCCUACUGUUUUCUUUCGUUGUUUCUCCUUAGCAUGUAAUCUUAUGUUUCUAUACUCAGACUAAUUCGGAGGUUCUUUGUGUUUUAUUGUCCUGCUGAACUUGGGGGAUUAGACUCCUGCUUGGUAUCUCGUUCAAUAUUUUACUAUUUGAUUUCUUAAU